AUGAAUGUUUUCCGUCGCGGCAUGGCGUCGGUGGCUUCUUUAAAACAAGCCGGUAAGGUCGUCUGCAUCGGACGAAAUUAUGCAGACCAUAUCGCCGAGUUGAAUUCCGCCAGACCGAAGCAGCCUUUCUUCUUUCUGAAGCCUACUUCCUCGGUUCUGUUACCCGGAGCUGGUCCCGUUAUCCGGCCUAAGGGUGUUGACCUUCACUAUGAGGUUGAGUUGGCCUUGAUCCUGGGCAAGCAAGUGAGAGAUCUUGCAGCAGAUGAUGAGAAGGGCGCUUUUGACGCUAUUGAGCACUAUGCUCUAAGUAUCGACAUGACAGCAAGAAACAUUCAAAAUGAAGCCAAGAAAAAGGGCUUACCUUGGUCAAUCGCCAAGGGCUUCGACACCUUUUUACCGAUCAGCAAUCUCAUUUCCAAAUCGGCAAUUCCUAACCCUCACUCCAUAGAUAUCUACCUUACUGUCAACGACAAUGUCCGACAAUCGGACAAUACCGAGCUCAUGCUUUUCCAGAUCCCAAGGCUAUUGAGUGACAUCUCCAAGGUUAUGACUCUUGAGAAGGGCGAUAUCAUCCUCACCGGCACACCGAAAGGUGUUGGACCAGUCGUACCCGGUGAUGUUAUGCGGGCCGGUAUUAAAGUCGAUGGCAAGGAGCUCGAGGAGAGCAAGAUUGAGGUCAAGGUUGAGGAAUCAACUGGCGCAUAUGAAUUUGCUGAGACAUGA